UACCAUUUUCAAAAAAAAACAUCCCUUUAAAGAUCUGAAGUCCCAACGAUCAAGUUCCAAAGAUCAAUGAUCGUAGAUCUCCAGAAGCAAAUAAAUACAAAAACAGUGGUUGGUACAAUCUCCUUUAUGGGCAUAGAAUCAGAAAAAAAUCUCUGUGAAAAGUACGCACUUGACCCACAUUUUUGGGCCGAGAUCAGCAAAGAGAUCAGAUCGUGACGAAUGAUGGGGCAAUUUUCGGGUAUUUAAGCGGCUGGGUAGCCCGGGGCUGAGUACAAACAUGGCUGGACAGCGAUUUCUGAUCGUACUGAUCGUUGUCUCGAUCUUGUUACCAUCGAUUCCGGUGAUUUCUGCCAAAACCUGUGGAUCGAGACUCCAGUUGCGGGCCCAAAAUGAUCCCGUAGAUCUCAGUCGGCUGAGCGAGAAGCAGCUAAAGCAGCUCGUUGAGCAGUUGGCGAAAUUGCAAUCACAGAAGGGCCAGGGUAGUGAAGAUCUGGUGGAUGAAGAGGAGGAAGAAGAGGACCCGAAUCAAGAUCAGGAGCUGGAGGAGCCCGAAGAUGAUCACCGCGGCAGUAGCCGCCCAUGGAACAGAGUGCAGCGGAUAAUCCGGCGACAGCUGGUGAAAAUACCCAAGCGAUAUCUAAAGAAGCUCCUCAGGCAGUUUGGAUUGGCCCGGAGUGCUGGACAUGGCGGGGUCCGGAGUGCAGACUUGGGUCCCCAGCUGGAGGAGUACUACCUAAUACCACUGGAGUGAAAUGAUUUGAGGGAAAAUACACACACAUUUCGGAAAUACAACACUUUUUCUUGCACUCUUUUGGGCGCUGGGAUAAAAAACAAUUGCUGAGUUCUGGUCGCGGAAUUUGCA